AUGGCCAAUUCUCCUAGACCUUUGUCGAUCGAUCCAGCUUCGGUCGAGUCCAUCUUGUCGUCGGGAACGUCGAGCCCACCCGCUGCACUUCCAAACCCACAUGUUGGCAAUUCUCCAAGUCGAACUCAUUUCCCUAUGGCGCCUCCUCCACUACCAAUCGUACGGCAACACUCUCGAGCAUCAUCUUAUACACCCAGAAUUCGUCCGAAUCGACUUUCGCUGAGUUUCCCGGUUGCCACACCUACGAAUGGCACUGAGUCUAUAAGAGCUACACCCACUUCAUCGACAGGCCCCUCAUUUCCACCUACACCAGUGGAGAUAAUACCUUCACCGAACGAUCCGAAUGGGUUCUUGGUUGCUUUAGCUGGGCAAGAACGAAAAGUGCUAGAGCUGAAGGAGGAGCUUGCGAAAGCGGAAAAGGAUCUCACAAAAUUGAAGAAGCAAUGGGCAAAUCACGAAGCACACAGAAAAAGAGGCGAGAUUAAACAUUCCGAGCCGAUGCGGGCAUUGCAGACAGUCUCUGCCACUGCAAACUCGAAGGACGAAGCCGCAAUUCCAGUGAGAGAGAGUGCAGAAAUGGACAGGAGAAAGCUGCUUCUUAGUAACAUUCAUAUUCCAAAUAAUUCGAGAAGGAAAGUUAUAACUGGGGGUCACCAUCGAACGUUGUCACUCUUAUCGCCCGAAAGAUCACACUAUUCCCGACCAUUUCCACCAGUCCAUGAAUCGACCAGCGAGAGGCAUUCCGAGUCCAUUCCGAGGACUAGUACCAUGCCGGAUACUAGUCAGGGCAUCACGCGAGUGUCAUCGCAGCGUGCAAGGCCUAUAUCUUAUCACGGUGGUGUGACACAAAGCGCGAAAACGAUCGCUGAGGACUUCAAAGCUGGUUUGUGGACUUUUAUGGAAGACUUGCGACAGGCGACAGUUGGAGAUGAGGCUUCUGAUGAUCCCAUAAAAAAGCAACAAACCCUUUCUGCGAAAGCGCCAGCCAGGAAAGUCAGUAAAGGUAGUCUUCGAGGCGACAAAGGUCGGAAGGUACCGUCUCCCAGAUCAGUGUCGCCUCGAACAUGGGAAACGCUGACUGGAACUCCUUCCUUGGAUACAGUCGAACCAGGAUCGGACUCAGAUACCCCACGCCCAACAAAGAAGACAACUGGGGUAACAGAGGCGAAAGCUUCAACUUCAGCAGCCCCAGAUUUAGACGACGAAUGGCCUAGCUGGGAUUCACCAAUACCAAAAAGUCCGAGAUGGAGUAGUAGUACAGCUGCUUCUGAUCCGGCUACGCCUUCUCACGAUAGUACCGCCGAUAGUACGGUCAAAAUUGCUGAAUUCUCGGACGAGGUUACAACUCCUUCCAAGCGCGAGGAAAUCCAAUGGCCAGCGCUUGACAGGCUCACUCCCACAAACUUAAGGAGGACAAUGUCGAGCGUCAUGAAAGAAUGGGAGAAAAGUCUCACACCACCCAUCGAGAGGGAUCAGGAACAUCUUCUUGUGGCGCACAAUAGUGACAGCUCCGAUUCAACACACGAAGCCUUGAUGCUCGCUCGAUGA